CUCCAUCCAAGCCAGCAUCAUCGACAUGAGCAUGAGAUUCCUCCUCUUCAUCCUUCUGCUCGCGGCCACAAGCACUGUUGGAGCGCCACGCAAAUGGGGAAAACCGUACAAAAAGGGGUACACGUUGUCAGACGACGGCGCGACCUGGCUAUUUCCUUCCUCGCAUUGUCAAAAUCAAAAUCAAAAUCAAAAUCAGCUCAUGCCGAGCUACCGAGAGAAUGAUGACAACGGCUUCGUGAUUGUCAACUGCGAUCGUCCCGGCCCCUCGCCUCCCAUUAAUUGCUGGUACCGCAGGGGCAAGCCUCGCCCUCAUUAUCUGCGUCCGCACCAUUUAAGCAUUUAUUGCACACCCACUCAAAAGAAGGGGAUAAUUGAGAUUCAGAACGAAUGCCCUCCGCAUUGCCACGAUGUUCUAUAUCUCUCUUAUCACGCCUAGCACGACUGGACCGGCUCCCGUCAGAAGGCUUCUUCUUGUACUUAUCGGUCUCUGGACCUCCUCCCUUCAACUCCUUCCUGUCGCGAUCUGACGAGAUUGGGGCCAUCUUCGGGCCUCAUACUCGUCCUCUCUUCCGUACACUAUUGCUCUGUUUCCUAUCCACUCAGUCGCGCG